GGCGGGCGGGCGGCUUCUGCCGCCCCCUGGCGGGCGCGCAGAGACACGCGGGAGCCGCCGAGAGACGCCGAGGGGGUUUGGAGCUCGCGGGUGACGAUGGCGGUCAACGCGGCCGAUCGCCGCGGCCUCGGCGGAGUCGCCGGGGAGCAGUAGCGGAGAGCGGCUCCCCUCCUCCUCCACCUCCACCUCGUCCACCUUCACCUCGUCCACCUCCUCCACCUCGUCCACCACCUCCACCACCUCGUCCACCACCUCCACCACCUCGCCAUGUUCAGCAAAUCCAGGAGCUGGAUCGGCGGCGCGGCCUCGCGAGCUCCGAGGGCCUUCCACUCCCUGGAGCAGCUCAAAUAUCUCCAUAAUGUUCUUGCAAAGAACACAACCGUGACCGAGGGCAACCGCAACUUGCUAGUGGAGACGAUCCGUUCCAUCUCCGAGAUCCUCAUCUGGGGUGAUCAAAAUGACAGCACAGUCUUUGAUUUUUUCUUGGAAAAAAAUAUGUUCGCUUUUUUCUUGAACAUUUUAAGACAAAAAUCUGGAAGGUAUGUUUGCGUGCAGCUUUUGCAAACGCUUAACAUUCUUUUUGAGAACAUCAGCCACGAGACAUCCCUGUAUUAUUUGUUGUCGAACAACCACGUGAACUCGAUCAUUGUUCACAAGUUUGAUUUUUCGGAUGAGGAAAUAAUGGCGUAUUAUAUUUCGUUUUUGAAAACGUUGUCGUUGAAGCUUAACAGCCACACCGUACACUUUUUCUACAAUGAGCAUACCAAUGACUUUGCGCUCUACACAGAAGCAAUCAAAUUUUUUAACCACCCAGAAAGCAUGGUGAGAAUAGCGGUGAGAACCCUCACCCUAAAUGUGUACAAAGUGGAAAAUGAUGGAAUGCUCCACUAUAUUCGAGACAAAACUGCAGCGCCGUAUUUCUCCAAUCUCGUGUGGUUUAUCGGGAGCCACGUCAUCGAGAUGGACAGAUGUGUCACCUCUGAUAAAGAGCACAAGAACCGUGGACGUCUCAGCGACCUGGUAGCGGAGCACCUGGACCACCUUCACUAUCUCAAUGACAUACUCAUCAUCGACUGUGGCUUCCUGAACGACGUCCUCACCGAUCACCUGCUCAAUCGCCUCUUCCUGCCACUCUACACGUACUCCCUCGUGACAUGGGAUCCGCACCAGUUGGACUGGCCAAAAAUUAGUCCCAAAGUUUCUCUUUACCUGCUAUCCCAGGUGUUCUUGAUCAUCCACCACGGACCUUUGGUAAAUUCUCUGGGCGCUGUCAUCCUCAACUGGAGACAUCUCUGUCUUCAACUGUGAACCUUCGCCCGCACACACCCAUGCCACGGCAAGUCCCAUCUCUCGCCCGGGGUGCGUAGAUUCACCCAACCCACUGAGCCACUGGAGAAAUCCCUGGAGAUGAGUCGUGGCCAUAUAAAGAAGGUCCCAUCCAAGAGGCCCAACUACAAGAACAUCGGAGAGGAUGAAGAUGUGGAGGGGGAUGCAGAGAAAUCGGCCUGUGCCGAGGCCGAGUCUGCAGGAGCGGGCCUGGAAGGACACCCACGCAGCCAAGAGCCGGUGUCUGAUGUGGAAGAGAUUGAGAUGAAGGUGAUGGAAAGAGGAGGCCACGCUCAGUCGUCACCAUCGCACAUCACACGCCUCAAUACCACGGAUGAGGAGAAAUCAGCUGCUGCGUCCAGACAUCAGGCGCCCACCAGCAGGCCAUUCAUUGAUGCCAUUUUUUCGGCUUUGGAGUGCGAAGAGGAUGAUUCGACUGCAUUGUUUGCCCUCUGCCUUCUGUACGCUUUGCGACAUAAUAAAGGCAUGGAUCCUGUCAUACUGGACAGCAUCCAGAUGCCUCUUGGCGACGGAGGAGCAACCCAGGACUACAGCCACUUGCUCGUCGAGAGGAUCAUCGUCAUCCUGAACAAGGCAGCCAUGCCCGACAGUCGAAUUCGCUUGGCCACGCUGGAGCUUGCCUGCUUGUUACUCAAGCAGCUGGUCUCCACGGGGGCACACUGCACACUCAAAGACGUUCACCGCGCCUGCAUCGAGGGUGCAAGGCAGGAGAGCGUCGCGCUGUUGCGUAAUUUUUACAAGGGUGAAGAGAUAUUUUUGGACUUGUUUGAAGAUGAAUGUAGAAGUAUGAACGCCAAGGCUCUGAAUGUGGAGUACCUUACGAUGGACGCCUCUAUCCUGCUCCCUCCGACUGGCACUCCCCUCACCGGCAUCGAGUUCACCAAGCGGCUGCCGUGCGGCGACGCAGAGCGGGCUCGCAGGGCCAUGCGAGUGUUCCUGAUGCUGCGCAGCUUGUCCCUGGCGCUGCGCUCGGAACCCGAGAUGCAGCUCCCCCUCACAAGGGCUGAAGAUCUCAUCAAAGCUGAAGACGUCUUGGACCUCAAUAACAGCGACCUGCUGUCGUGCGUGGUGAGCGAGCGGGACAGCGGCCGUGUCCGCCGGUUCCUCGUCGUGGAUGUGUACCAGGUGCUGCUCGUGGAACCCGAUGAGAAGCGUCUUGGCUGGGGAGCUGUACGCUUCGCUGGCCUCCUCCAGGACCUGCAAGUGACCGGCGACAAGGAAGACCACCGCUCUCUUCACGUAACAAUCCACAAGCCAGGCUCUCCGGCGCAUGCGCGGCCACUGCCCCUCCUGCAAGCCACGUUCCAGUUCGACGACCACAUCCGCUGCAUGGCUGCCAAACAGCGUCUGGCCAAGGGCCGAUUGCGCGCACGCCACAUUAAAAUGCAGCGCAUUGCCGCGCUGCUGGAGCUGCCGGUGCAGCCGUCGCCGGAGGGAUCGGGGAACCUGGGAUUCCGCGGAACUGGGAGCCAGGGGCUCCCCUUCCGGUUUUACGAAGCCUCGCGCCGAGCGUCCAGCGACCACGCGAACCCACGCUCGUCCUUCACCUCCACCGACAGAGUUCCUGGAUUUGCAGUGGCUCGUCAGCAGAGCAGUGGCGCCUCGUCGCAGGACAGCCCGGCGAGUUCGUCCGUGCAGGGGUCGUCCCACGGUUUGCCUCACCGCCUGGGAGGCGUGCUUGAGGGUAGCCCUCCUCCUCCCCAAAGGCACAGGAGCGUAGACAGGGCAGGGGCGGACGGCGGCACGCACAGCCGCCGUCCAUCGGGGGGCAGCUCCUCCUCCGGCUGCUCUGCCGGCUUCACAGCUGCAGCUGGCAACGCGGGCACAGCCAGGGUGCAGGAGACACAGGUUGCAAGUGACGGCGACUCGGAGCAGCCCGAGACCUCCGGCGCCGCGCCUGCCCCGGCGUCAGAAGACGAUUUCGCGUUGCCUCCCAGCUUGACUCUGAGCCAGCAGCCGACGCUCUCCCUCCUGAUGGACGACAGCAGCGACGGACUGAGCGUGGAGUCGCUCACACUGCUUCCGCCCACCGACCCGCAGUGCAUUCACAGCCUCAGUCAGGCAGGCGCCGCACACCAUCCCGAGCCUUCCUCCCCACUCCUGUGAUACGCCUCUUGACACUUGGAGGCUUCGUCCCGUUUGGGAAUUGGUAUCGUUCGCAUUUCCUCGCAACAUUACUAGACUCGGCGUGCCGUGUCGGUCGCGCGCUGUGUGUAUCUCGAGGUUUCUUGCCGUUUCCCUGUUCAUUUUGCAUUUGCACAUGCCAUUUUCUUUGUUAUUUCAGGAUUAUGCGUCGGUUUAUUUGUUUUACAAAUGGGGGAGGUGUCAGGUGCAAUUGCUGAUGCAAAUCUCGGUGUUGGAAGGAGGGGAAAGAAAAUGUGCAGAAAUGGGGCAAAGUUUUGUGACAUUCUGCACUUUUUAAGCGAAAGGUGGCCCGCAUUAGGGGACCACCUUUUGUCUGUUAUGUCAUGGAGUAAAAACUCACGAAUUACCUUUAGAUUUAAUUAUUUGUAUUAAAAAAGGGCCUAAAUAUAUCUGGGUUUUGAAAACGUUAAUUUUGCCACCCAGUGCAUACAAGUGAUUUGUUCAUUAAAAAUAUAUAAAUAUAUUUUAACACUUGUACAGUAAGUAGUGCUUGGAACGGAUGUUUGAACAAAAUUUGGAUGUAAAUGUAGCCAACUGUUUUGUAUUUGUAGAGUGUACAUUAGCUUGUGAUUUAAUUGAUUUUGAACAAAAACAUUGAUCUCAAUUGUUGUAUAGAGCGAAUAGCCAUUGGCAAUUCGAGCAGCUAUUAUUUUGUUGAAACAUCCACGAGAACAAAUUAAUUGAAUGUAGAGUCUGAUAUCUUUCUUUUCGCGGUGUGUGGUCUGUGCUUUCUGCAAGUUUAAUAUAUUUUUAGGUCUUUUUUUUUAGGCGUUAUUAAAGUAACUUCGGCCAGUGCGUGCUGCUGGUGCCAGUCUAAUGUUGAAGCAUUUUUCUCAUUGUAACCGAUUCUGAUAAGAAUGCAUUUGUGUGGAUAGCACCACUGCUUCCAGUGGUUUACUCAUCACCAACAGUUGUUUUCAUCCUUUCCCCAAGGACAGUCCAUUGGCAUUUGUAAAAAAAAAAACAUUCACUGCUGUGUGACCGAGUUGGUUUUGACCGAGUUGAGUGCAGAUAUAUUUGGUGACCGAGCCAAGACUUACAAUUCGUUUAUAUGGUUCAUGGAAAUCGUUAACACCAGGGAACAGACCUUUGACGUGAGGAAUUCUGCCCUGAACUAAAACCUUUUGUAACCGUUGUGUUGGCAUUUAGCAUCUUUAAUCGAAUUCAAAAUGAGACUGACAUUUAAAGAUGCCAAAAAUGUGUAUAGUAUUUUAACAAGUGGAAUACUGAUAUAAUCCAGAGCAACUGAGAAUGUUUGAGAUUAAUAUUGCCAGCUGGGUAUCCUCAUAGACACCAUUGGGGAGCCUUAUUUGGCCAAUUUAUGUAGAAUAAAUGUUUGAUUACUGCCUCUAUAUUCGUAAUGUCUGCAUAGACUGAGCAGUGUGCCACGUAACUGUUUGGUGAUGAUGACUACAAGACCCCCCAAAGGUUGAGAAUUUACUUCCAAAUAAAUUACUGUCACCAUAUAAUUAUGGCUACUCUGGUCUAAAACUAUGCCAAUUUGUAACGAGCUCUCACCCAGUUAAGCACAAGUGAUUGGAUGUUUCAGUGAAGUUGUCGCCUGCGUUUAAAUAGUAGAAGUUUUAUGCACUGGAAGAAUGACAUUAACUCUUUGCGGUGUUGCAAACAUCUAGUUGCUUGUGGUCCACGGAAGUGCGUCGUUUUUCUGUUAUGUUCUUUGCAUUUCAGAGUUCUUAUCAGCGGCACCUUUAGCAUUCUAAUAUUUCUAUCUUUAGAAUGACUUUUAGGUUUCUGUAAAAAGAAAACGUUUUAUAAGCAGUUUAAUACAAAGCAUUUGCAGUACCGGAUUCCCACGAAACAAAACGUCAUCGGCAUUGUAAAUGUGUUGCUAUUUAUGAGCAAUGAAAUGUCUGGUAAAUAUGUAAAAUACACUAGGAUUUUGGUUGUACCUCUAUAAGCAAUAAACUACUGCAUUAUA